CGCACGGCAACAACCUAAUAACAUUUUAUUUAUAAUUCAAACAUGGAAGUGCUUAUGAAGUUGAAAAAUGUUUUAACACUGCUGUAAUAAUUUUACUGAAACGAGCAACAGAUUCAUAUAUAUUUGCAUAGUUUUGUAAAAGCAUUUGAAAUUCGUACUCAUAAACUUCUAUGGUUUAAACACAUGUGUUCAAACUAAGAAGUAUCAUAAUACAAAGUGCAACAAUUCGACAAUAGAUUGGAAUGUUUUAAAUCUCAAUCAACGGGGAAUAGACUAACAUAGCUAAGGUUUGGUGCAACAUACCCUCGUUCGAUGAGAUGUCAGUUUAAAGGCUUUUGAAUAUGGCAACAGCACAAGUAUCACAAAACCGAGUUUACCUUUUCCGACUCCAAACAUUGAUUAUAGAUGGAGGGACUACAGUCGUUAGGAAUAUAUUUGAUGAGAAGAGCGCAAAUGUUCCACUUAAUAUUCUUCUACAUAACGAAAAGGCCACAAUAAAUCGUCUUAGGGCGGGUAAAACAAUAACCCGGACACAAUUUUAUUUGCUGUAUCCACAGAGCGGUCAGUUCCCAACUACAGCUGACUUUGAUAUCACUCUGUCUAUAUGUUUGCUACGGAACCUGAAAUGCUGCGGUUUAAAUAAACAUUUUGCUUGGAAUGCGAUACCACAGGCAGGAGAUACUUCACUAGAAGCAGAUAUAUGUCGAUUGAGAAUGUUCAGAAAUGAUAUAGCUCACAUUUCCUCUACGACUAGUAUCACGCAGAACACCUUUACGCACAAAUGGUUGGAAAUUGAGCAGGUACUCAAUCGACUGAAUACAUGCGUUCAAAAUCCUGUUCAAAAUCUACAACAACAAUUUAAUGCAUACAAAAAUAGUCCCCUGGAUGAAGAGGCUGAAAAAAGAAUUGAUGGGGAAAUUAAGAAGUGGCGAAAAUUUGAGAAAGGAUUAGAAAGUGAAAUGCAACUUGUAAAGAAAGACGUACAAGAAGUAAAACACGAGGUUGGCAACGUAAAAGAAGACGUUCAUGCAGUCAAAGAGAAGGUGGACAACGUAAAAGAAGACGUUCAUGCAGUCAAAGAGAAGGUGGACAACGUAAAAGAAGACGUUCAUGCAGUCAAAGAGAAGGUGGACAUCGUAAAAGAAGAGGUACAUGAUGUUGCAGAAAAAGUUGAUGCUGUUCAAGAAAAAAUUGAUGAACUGGAAAAUGAAAAGAGAGCUCAAGGAGGAUCAAAGAAAGCAGUAGGAAAGGCGCCGAACAUCAUACAAAGAGUUUUCGAGAGAAUAUAUAUGCCCUGGAAAAUAAAAAGUAAUUUAGCUUUAGAUCAUUCUAUAAAAUAUAACUGUAUCACUGUAUGUAGAGAGUCCCUCUGGGUUAGCUUCUGACUGCAAAUAAAAAAGGCCAGAUUAUAGAAAAAGCUCAAAAACAAUGAGUUGUAAAAUGCACAUAUUUUAGUGCAAAAUUAUUUACCAAUUAAAAAAAUUAAGACGUUGCAAAUUGAUGAUUGCUCUCUCUAUAUGUGUAUGUAUACAUGAUCUAAUACUGUAAAGAAAGUAUAAUUAUGUCUCCCCCCACCUCUAGGGGAGACAUAUUGUUAUUGCCCUGACCGUCCGUCCGGUCCUUCCGUCCGUCCGUCCGUACGUCACACUUCAUUUCCGAGCAAUAACUGGAGAACCAUUUGACCUAGAACCUUCAAACUUCAUAGGGUUGUAGGGCUGCUAGUAUUGUUUUUGUGGUCACUCUGUCAAAGGUUAAGGUCCUCGGGGCCUGAACAUUGAAAACAAUUUCCGAUCAAUAACUAGAGAACCACUUGACCCAGAAUGUUGAAACUUAAUAGGAUGAUUGGCCAUGAAGAGUAGAUGACCCCUAUUAAUUUUGGGAUUACUCCGUCAAAGGUCAAGGUCACAGGGGCCUGAACAUUGAAAACAAUGUCCGAUCAAUAACUAGAGAACCACUUGACCCAGAAUGUUGAAACUUAAUAGGAUGAUUGGCCAUGAAGAGUAGAUGACCCCUAUUAAUUUUGGGAUUACUCCGUCAAAGGUCAAGGUCACAGGGGCCUGAACAUUGAAAACCAUUUCCGAUCAAUAACUAGAGAACCACUUGACCCAGAAUGUUGAAACUUAAUAGGAUGAUUGGCCAUGAAGAGUAGAUGACCCCUAUUAAUUUUGGGAUUACUCCGUCAAAGGUCAAGGUCACAGGGGCCUGAACAUUGAAAACCAUUUCCGAUCAAUAACUAGAGAACCACUUGACCCAGAAUGUUGAAACUUAAUAGGA